GUCCCUGCGACUGUAAAUCGGGAUUUACCGAGCGAAUUGAAACCCGAAAGUGAUAAUGGAUUUGGAAGUAGACGAGAACGAUUUGAAAGUCGCCGGCGCCGAACUCUUCACCGACGGUGGCCGGCGAGGGAUUCGCAUCAAUGGAUGGUUGAUCGAGUCUCGGAGGCACUCCAUACUGAACUCUUCUACCAUCCAAGAGUGGGAACAGAAGCUUGAUACGUCUCACUUACCAGAAAUGGUUUUUGGGGAAAACACUUUAAUUCUGAAACACUUAAGUAGUGGCACAAAAAUUCAUUUCAAUGCAUUUGAUGCUCUGUGUGGCUGGAAAAAGGAAGCCUUGCCUCCAGUUGAAGUUCCUGCAGCCGCCAAAUGGAAAUUUAGAAGUAAGCCCUCUGAGCAAGUAAUACUAGAUUACGACUAUACAUUUACAACACCUUAUGUUGGAAGUGGCUCUGUUGAGAUUGAUAAAGAUCUGAAUGGGAGAGAGAUUUCUAAGGAAACCAGCGAUAUCCAAUGGGAAGACUGCAGGGAUCGAAUUGAUGUAGUUGCACUUGCAUCCAAAGAGCCCAUACUUUUCUAUGACGAGGUGGUGUUAUACGAGGAUGAACUUGCCGAUAAUGGAGUAUCACUUCUUACUGUGAAAGUGAGAGUCAUGCCAAGCUCUUGGUUUCUUCUGUUGCGAUUUUGGCUUAGAGUUGAUGGAGUGUUGAUUAGACUGAGGGAAACACGUAUGCAUUGCGUAUUUGGUGGAUGUACAAAUCCCAUUAUACUUCGAGAGAGUUGCUGGAGAGAAUCUACAUUUCAAGCUCUGUCUGCUAAAGGGCACCCUUUUGAUUCUGCUGCGUAUGGUGAUCCAAGCAUCAUCAGCCAGAAGCUCCCCAUCAUAAAGCAUACUACCCAAAAGCUUGCAAUUUCCUCUUAAAGAUAUAAGGCUGCAAAUUCCCAUAAUGCAAAAAGGGUUUCUAAUCAAUUCUUAACUUGUUCAUAUUGUAUUCAUCCUUUACCAUUGCAGUUUGAAACCAUAAUUUGCUUCUCAUGAGAUAAGCUCUAGAUGCAUGUUGAUCAUGUUUUGUUCCUGUACAUAAGAGUUGGGGAGAGGGAUCUGACUUCUCUACGAGGGAUCCAUUUUACAUGAAAAAGUGAGAAGUUAUAGCCAUUACUUACAAAAUCAAUGGAUGACGUAUAAAAAUUUUCACUUUUUA